GAAGUCCAGUGUAGAGGACCACAGCUGAGCAGACGCCCCCCUAACAGCCCUCAUACAGGACUGCAGCAGGACUUCAAACAUCUGGUCAGGAUGAAGAGGAAUCCACAGGAAGAAAUUGAGGAAAUGGAAGAAGAAGAUAACUAUGUUAAUGCUCCGGCCUGGACUGUGGAUGAAGUGGCAGCCCCACCAGACCAGAGGUCUCUCUUCUUCUCUCGGUCUUCUCCACUGAUAGCAGUGUGUUGGCUGAUACUGUUAGUCAUCAUGGGCCUUCGGAUCUACUUUGGUAUUGUCUUAGAAAGCAAGAUCACCAACCUGACAACACCAAACCAGCAGCUGGAGACCCAGAGGAACAACUUAACAAAACAAAUACAAGACCUGGAGACAAACUGGAAUAAACUCAACGUCAGUCGAGCUCAGUGGAGCAUUGAUGCCUACUGCCCCAAAGAUAAAGAGAGACAGUGUACAGCUUGUCAGAAGGGCUGGGGACUCAGAGACUCUAACUGCUAUGCGUAUUUUGACGCUGCUCCUCCUAAUCAGAAAACCUGGGAAGAAGCUCGACAAAACUGCAGAGGAAGGAGUUCAGAUUUGGUUGUUGUACAAAGUCAAACGGAUCAGGAUAUACUCAAUGCAGUCAGCUCAGGUAGUUCAGGAACUGCUGGAUACUGGUUUGGUCUGAGAGCUGAAGGAGGGAGAUGGAAGUGGAUUGAUGGAAGUGAUCUGACUGAAAGCUACUGGACACCACAGCCUCCUCCUCCUGCUACUGACGGUCAGUGUGUAAUGUCUGUCCAGACCGAUAACUGGAUAUCAGUGAGCUGUGGUGAGAAAAAAAGAUGGAUCUGCAAAAUGAAGGCUUUAUCUGUUUAAACACAGCAGUCAGACUCUGCAUGAUAAUAUCAACUGGCUUAUAAAUA